AUGAAUAUUCGAUUGCAGGUUGUUGUUGAAUGUCUAAGUACAGAUAUUGAACAAAUAUUUCCUUGCAAUCGAUGGUUACCUGAAGAUGAAGAUGAUCAUCGUAUUGAACGUCGAUUACAAGAAGAUGAAUCAUUAGGUAAAACUUGUCCACUAAUUAUUCCAUGGUAUAGGUGGAUAUAUACAAGUGAUAUAAAAGAAGCUGGUACAGAUGCUCAAGUAAAUCUUGUUAUCUAUGGUCAUAAUGGAAAAUCUGAUAAUAUUAAAUUAUGA